AACAGUGUGUUUCGUCUCGUCGGCGCAUGAGCCGUUUCUUGCAAAAGUCUCAUGUCUGAAGACAACCCUGCCACGCGCUCUCCACCCGCUUCAACCACCGCGACCAAUUGGUUCGGAAGUUUUAGUGCAGACAUUGGCAGAGCCUUUGAGACAGCCCGGGAUCAAGUCGUGAAGGCAGCAGAUGAAGCCUCUCCUGCAUUUACCUCCGCCAUGGACGCUGUGAAACUGCGUGCUGUAAAAUUAAAAGAG